CCUAACCAUUCACUGCCUCCACCGACGGGUCCUCGAACAAGACUAACCGAGCCAUCAUCGGGUAUUCUAGUUGUCUUUUACUCCCACUGCGAUUUGACGUCGGAUAGCCAGCAACGAUGGACGACAGUUACGAGGAAGAGUUGACCCAACCAGCGACCCAGCCACUCCCGCCGCACAACGGCAUCCCCCCAUCGGACGGACAGGACUACCGAGGAGUUGUCUGUUUCCUCCAUCCAUGCUCGCCAGCCGCCAUUGCGAUAGUCCGCCGAGCGAGCACCAACGGGAAACUCGUCGUGCGGCUGCCGGUGCCGGAAGAUGGUGCGAAAGGACGAGCAGCGUCGGACGAAUCCACCGCCGACGACCCACAGGACCAAGAGCCCACCCAGAUCGAGACCAAUGAGGAGAGCACUACGAUCGACCUCGCUCUUCGACAUGACCCAGGACCGAAGGAUCCAGAGCAGGGUUUCCUGUUCGGUAGGAAUCCUUUCAAAUGCGACAUCCUGAUGAUCGAUAACCCAAAUAAUCGCCGUAUCUCGAACACACACUUCAGAAUAUAUGUAAACGCUAGGGGUGCUCUCAUGCUUGAAGACAAGUCGACGAACGGUACCUGGGUGGACGACAAGCUCCUCUCCAAAACCAGCAGGUGGGGACAAAAGCGAGUUCUGAGCCCUGGAAGCGUCAUCUUCAUCUGCCCCGGAAAGGAUGACGAAUUGGUCCGCUUUGUUGUCCGGGUACCAAGGGAGUCCGGAAGGGGGUUGAAGCCAGUCCAAGGACCCGAUUCCAUGAACUUGAAUCAGCGUCUCGCUGGCGCCAAUCGUAGUCCCGCACCGAACGUGGGGUUGCCUCGUGUCGGCGAUGCCCCGCCUGGGCUUGUUCAGAGUCCUCAGCAACGUAACGUGGCCGCCCUCAAGCGUAACGCGGGCAGAGGCCCCGAUGAGGCCCAUCGUCGUCCGGAACAGAUCGAGACUCGCGAUGUUCAUACCAUCCGCGAGCCGUCAGGAUCCAUAUCGUGGGGUGGUGAUCAUAAGUAUAUGCUCGCCUCGCAGAUCGGAAAAGGCGCUUUCGCUACCGUCAACAAGGCGUACGAGAGGCAGAACGGAAAUGUCGUGGCGGUCAAAUCCAUCGCGAAGAGGACGUUUGCGACGCAAAUAGGAAAGGAAAACCUGGGGGUGAAGAAGGAGAUUGAUAUCCUCGAACGUCUGAAACACCCCAAUAUUGUCGAGUACAUAGGCUAUUUCGAGGAUGACACGCACGUCUAUGUGGUGAUGGAGUUUAUCGAGCAUGGCGAUCUCAACAACUACCUGAACUACCACAGCACAAUGCCCGAACAUGUGACCAAACAAGUUGUCACGCAGGUGCUACGAGGUCUCAAGUAUAUCCACGAGAUGGGGAUCUCGCACAGAGAUCUCAAGCCGGACAACAUACUCAUCGCCUCAGAGGACCCGAUGAUCGUUAAGAUCUCCGACUUUGGUCUUGCUAAGAUGGUCAACAACGAGCAAACAUUCCUCAGGACGUUCUGUGGAACUAUGCUCUAUCUGGCGCCUGAAGUUUUCCCUGGAUACAUGAGCGCCAUGAUGGCUGAAGCGCAAGGCCUGGACGGCAACAUCAAACGGAAGAGACUCCCGGCGGACGAGGCUGGACCCCCGAAGGGAAAGAAGAAUCGGCGGCCGUACAACCAGGCAGUCGACAUGUGGUCGCUCGGCUGUGUGAUCUACUGUCUUCUGUGCGGCAGCCCACCGUUCGAAGGCAAGAACCAAGACGAAAUGUGCCGGCUAGUAACCCGCGGUAUGUUCGACGAGACCAAGCUCAGGAGCAUGGUGGGAGCGGACAACGACAAUUGUGUCGAUUUCCUCGGCAAGCUGCUGCAGGUUCGUCCCGAGAUGCGCAUCAUGGAGACCGAGGCUUUGCGCCAUCCGUGGAUCUUUGAGGAGAAUCUGGUCGAGAGUGCCUCGAUGGAGUACGAUGAGGAUGAGGUCCUUGGCGUCGGCUACGAUUCGUCACAAGUUCAGCCAUCCGCUCGUCAAGUGACGGCCGGGGACGAGGACGACGAUGAAGAUGCCGAGGACUCGGGCGAAGACACACCUGCGGGAUGUUCUGACGAGGAGGAUAACACCAGUAGUCUACCAACCCCUCGUGCUGCUGACAAGCGCGUUGAGACCGAGCUUCAAGGCGGCAUGUCGCGGGUUAGCUUUAGUCAGGUGGAGGGAGAUGAUAUGUUCGACGCCCACGCCAAUUCGCAAUCUUCAGACUAUGCAAGCUCUGGAAACGAGGUGUUUGAAAGUCUCAUCAAUUCUCGCCAGGAGUUUACGCAGGGGGAAACCGGCAUAUCGGUCAUAGAGCGAGCGAAGGCCGAUGUUUCUCUCAAAGGAAGCUCUGGCGUAUUCCCUGCUGGCGGGCUUGACGGCUCGGAUAGCGAAGAUGAUGGGUCGUCGCAGUUGACCCAGCGUCUGGGAGAGGCAUUCGAAUAUCGGGGCUUUCGACGAACGAAAGCCACCAUGACUACACCCCGGCGGAGAGCUACAGAGAAUAAGUUCUCGCGGCUGGCGCUCAAUAAUAAUGCCAAUGCGCCGCCAUGCACACCACCCUCAGUCAAGCCCAACCAAGGUCAGAGCACGGUAUCGCCAUUCUCAUUUGCUAACAAUGCGCACUUUAACUUCUCGCCUGAGAGCUUGGGGCACCAGUCGGCGAGAUCGACACAAAAUUCACCACGGGCACCACCACCAUCGUCUGCAGCGACCAACACGCAACCCAGGAUUUUUUUCCACAGCGUCCCGCAACCCGAAGAUGACGAACUCCCGGCGACACAGUCCGUGUGCUCGCAAGAGUCGACUACGCAUUUCCGCGUCCCUCUCCUGCGGUGGGGCCGGCUCCUCCCGCUCCCCGGGAGCGUCUCACAGGAGCCGAUCGCGCUGGUCGAACAGCUCGUCAGCAUCGGCCGUGGAACCGGCUGCACGAUCCGCCCAGACGACAUCCGCAUCUCGAAGUGGCACUUCGCGCUGCAGAUCAACCACUUGGGCGAGAGGGAGAUGGAUCCCAACCAGUCGCGCAUCGGCGAGUGGAGGCCGCAGCCGGACAUGGUCGUAAUGUUCCAGGCCGCCGGACGCUGCGGUGUCUACGUCAACGGACGGAAAUACGGCGGUGGCGAACGCGUGGGUCGGCUCUAUGACGGCGACGAACUCGUGCUGUUUAAGGAUACUAGCGGCGAUAAGGUCGAGAUCUUUGGUUACAAGGUCGAGUUGACGAUUGGACGCGUUAGGAGAGACGGCCCGCCCGAGAUGUUCACCGAUAGUGCGCUCGGACACUUCCCGGGGGCUACUACUAUCCGCUACGAUGUUGAGCGCGGAGCGGGCGUGUCAAUGGCAAAUACGGAGAUUCCGGGCGGUGGGAGUGAGGUCGGUUUUGGUACGGGGGCGUAGGGGCGCGGAUACGUCUGGCUUGGUUUCUUUUCUGUACGGGUGGUUUCUUUUCUGCUUCUGUACAACAUGGUCUUCUUUCUCCC